AUGCAAACUCAAAGAGGCGAAGAGGCAAAGUCUCGAGACUAUGUCUCAUCUAAAGACUUAUCCGAAGUCGAUUCAUUAAAACUGGAAAAUAUUAGGCUUAUGACUAGAAUCGCAGAAUUAGAACAAAUAGUAAAAGAAAAAAACGCACUUGAGACUGAGCUAAAACAGAUUAUAGAAGAAAAUGCUGAGAAAGCAAAGCUAAGAGAUGCUGAGCUCAAUGCAAGAAUCAUGGAACUAGAACGGUCAGCAAAAGAAAAUGAAAAACGAUUUGCAAAAUUGGAGCAAAAGCAAAACAAUAACGUAGAUAGAUUAGAAAAUGGCGAUAAUUCAUCCAAAAAUAAUGUUAAUAUACCCGACCUUGUUAUAAAAUCGUUAGAGGAUAAUACUCCUGCAUCUGAUAUAACUGAUGACGAUUUAAGUUUAUCUUCGGAUAAUAAUUCAUCAGAACAGUCUAAUUCAUUAUAUAAUGUAAAAACUGUUACAUUGGAAACGAAUUCAACGGAGGUAAGUGAGGAAGAAACAAAGCCUCGGAUUUAUGACUCAUUAAAUCUGAAUAUUUCAGAAAUAAGCUCCGAGUCCAAGUCACCUACUAAUCUAUUGCCUAAUCAGAAAAUUCCUUAUAAUCAAAAAGUAGAACGAGGUUUAAGACUCGAGCUAUUUAUUUGCACCAAAGAUAAUAAUCACAAGAAUAAUAAAGUAUUUGAUAUUCAAAUUCCUGAAUUUUCUUUAGAAGCGAUUUUAACAGGAUCUGUCAAUGAUGUUAAGACUGCAAAUAAUAUUGAUGACCAAUCGGCAAGAACGAUAGUGUAUAAUGAAAUAAAAUCGCUCCUUCCUGAUAUCACUGAUGUAAACUUGCGUAAAAUAACUUCCAGAGCAAAAAAAGCAUAUAUAUUAUAUGAAGGAAUAGGAAUUGAUAAAAUUAGUCAAAUAACUUACAGCGCAAGUGCUAUUUCAAGUUUAAAGGAUAAUCAAAUUCAAAAUAUUAUAAAUGAUUUUCCCAAGACAACUGAUAUGAGUUGCCAAAAAGUGAUCGGCGUGACAAAUUGUCACGCGCAUAUGUCAGAUCUAUCUAGCUCAAACGAUUCAUCAGCAGAGUUGGCACUGUCAAAAUUACCAGAAAUUGAGGUAAGUGAGGAGGCCAAGAAAACUCUACUGGAAACUGAGGCAAUCCAUGACCAUACUUACUUUCGUAAUAAGAUAUUGUGGAGUUAUUCUGAUCUAUAUAAAGAAUUUAGUAGUGCAAAAUUUGAUUAUUAUGGAAUUCAUGAGGGGUCCUUAUGUCUAGUAUGCAAGCACAGUCAUGAGGAAGGAAAAAGUGUAAAGGGUAGAUACGAAGCUGGAUCUUAUUUUAUUAAAU